CGCCCGACACCCCCCGAGCGCCCCGAGCCCCGCCGCGUCCGACAUGAGGGAGAAGGGCCGCAAGAAGAAGGGCAGGACCUGGGCAGAGGCCGCCCGGACGGUCCUGGAGAAAUAUCCCAACACACCCAUGAGCCAUAAAGAGAUCCUUCAAGUUAUCCAAAAAGAAGGCCUUAAGGAAAUCAGCGGGACGUCCCCCCUGGCCUGCCUGAAUGCCAUGCUGCACACCAACUCCCGCGGAGAGGAGGGCAUCUUCUACAAGGUGCCAGGCAGGAUGGGCGUCUACACCCUCAAGAAGGACAUCCCAGAUGGGCUGAAGGAGCUGUCAGAGGGCUCGGAGGAGAGCAGUGAUGGCCACUCGGACUCGCAGAGCUCAGAGCACAGCAGCUCCAGCAGCGACGGCUGCGCCGCCAAGGACAGGAGGAAGAGCAGGUGGAAAAGGAAAGUGCCGUCGCGCCUGCCCCCCGCAGGCUCCCCGCAGCCCGGCUGCCCGUCCCCGUCCAUCCCGGCCAAGGGCCUCUCCUCCUCCCAGAAGCACAGCAAGAAGGCCCUCAAGCAGGCCCUGAAGCAGCAGCAGCAGAAGCAGCAGCAGCAGCAGCAGCAGCAGUGCCGGCCGGGCAUGGGGCCGGGCAUGGGGCCGGGCAUGGCCCUGCCCUCUGGCCAGCACGUCCUGCUCAAGGCCAAGGCCACCCCCGGGAGGUCAGGUUGGGAAGGGAAGCAGACAGAUGGACAUUCCAGCAGCCCCCCAAACUCCACGUGCAGCUCCUCGCCCUCGGUGAAGCUGGAGAACUCCCUGCCAGGGCUGCCCAAGAAGCCCUUCCCCAGAUCUGACAGGCUCCAUGCAAGGCAGCUGAAGCGAGCGCGCUGUGCCGAGAUCGACGUGGAGACGCCGGACUCCAUCCUGGUGAACACCAACCUGAGGGCCCUGAUCAACAAGCACACCUUCAGCCUGCUGCCUCCCGAGGGCCAGCAGCGCCUGCUGCUGCUGCUGCCCGACGUGGACAGACAGGUGGGCCCUGACGGGCUGAUGAAGCUCAGCAGCUCCGCGCUCAACAACGAGUUCUUCACCUCGGCUGCUCAGGGCUGGAAGGAGAGGCUGUCAGAAGGAGAGUUCACCCCAGAAAUGCAGCUCCGGAUCCGGCAGGAGAUCGAGAAGGAGAAGAAGGUGGAGCUGUGGAAGGAGCACUUCUUUGAGAGCUACUACGGGCAGAGCUCUGGGCUGAGCCCCGAGGAGUCGGAGCGCCUGACAGCACUGCCCGAGGCGGCAGAGCCCGGCCGGCCCCGCAGCCCCCCGGCCCCACGGCGGGAGCAGAGCACACCCACAGCUCCCCCGGAGCCCCAGGCAGCCCCAGGGGCCAGCAGGAAAGCAGCAGAGGAGGCCAGAGAGGAGCCACAGCCCAAGGCAGCCAAGCCUGAGGUGUCCCCGGAGCGACGAGCGGUGAGAGCCGGCGAGAGACCGGGGCCCGGCCGGGAGAGAGAAACCCUGCCCCAAAAACCCCCCAGCACCUCCAGCCACGGGGCAGAGGAGCAGAGGAAGCCUGGGGUGGCCAAGGAGGUGCCAGGGAAGGAAUCUCUGGGUGCCGCAAGCAAACCAAAGAGCCCUGAGGCUGGCGGGGCAGCAGCCAAGGCGCAGAGCCCUGCGGCAGCCAAGGUGGAGGAGGAGAAGGAGAAGGAGGAGAAGGAGAAGGAGAAGAAGCCCCCCGGGAGCGAGGCCAUGGAGGUCGGGGUGGAGGCCCACAAGAGGAAGCUGGAGAGCAGGGAGGAAGCUCCAGGCAGCCCUGAGAAGAAGCCCCGUGUGGCUGAGCCCUGCCAGCACCACCAGCAGCAGCAGCAGCAGCACCAGGCCUUUCGCAGGCAGCCCUUUCCCAGCACGGGGCCGGCCGUGCCGCGGGUGCCCCCGCUCAAGAUUCCCGUGUCCAGAAUCUCCCCGAUGCCAUUUCCUGCGGGCCAGGUCUCUCCCAGGCCGUGCUUCCCGCUGUCCCUCGGCAGUCCUGGCAGGACAGGGGCCAGGACCCUGGCCGACAUCAAGGCAAGAGCGCAGCAGGCCAAGGCGCAGAGGGCGGCAGCCGCAGCCGCCGCAGCCUCGGCCGGGGGAGCCGUGCCAGGGCCCGGCCCGGGCGGGGGGAGACCCCCGGGCAGGGCAGGAGACGGGAGAGACCCCGGCGGAGCCCCCCAGGCCGCGGCUGGAGCCAAGGCGCUGGAACUGGCAGGAACUGGAAGCGGGGGAGGUUCGAGAAGGUUCCUUCCCCACGGCCCAGGGCCCCGCUCGCAGGUGCAGGGCCAGGCGGAGCCGGGAGCUGCUCGCCAUCCUCCUGGAGCACAACUACAGCCAGGAGCAGCCCCCGCGGCUGCCCCGGCGCUAGGGAACGGAGCUGGGGCCGCGCCGAGCCCCCCGCGGGGCACGGCCACCCCCGGCUCCCCCGGUACGCCCGGCGGGGCCCCUCCUGCCGCGGCCCGGAACGGGAGCGGCUGUGAGCUCCCCAAAGGCAAACCUCCGUCCCCUCCGGUGUCCCCGCUGCCGCCCUCGGGCCCCGGAGCCCAGGCUGCAGCUGUGGGUGCAGCCGUCCCAGCCUCCAGCAGCUCCUCGGUAGCAGCCAGCCUUAAAUCCCCUCCCCGAGCGAGCUCCUCCAGCAUUCCUGCCAACAACCCUUUGGUCACGCAGCUGCUCCAGGGCAAGAGCGUCCCUCUGGAGCAGAUCCUGCCCAAGGCGCUGACCAAAGCAGAAGCGAAAAGUGGCCCGGUGGCUCCUCAGGAAGAGAAGGGGGCGGCGGGGAACGGCACCGAGGCGGGGGACAGAGCAUCGGGGGUGCCCCCGCAGCAGCUCGGCAAGAUCUUCUGCCAGAGCAGGCCCCUGCCUCACAUUCCAAGGACCUUCCCGCUGCCCUCGGGAAAGGAGCCCGGGCCCGAGCAGCACCACGAGGCGCUGAGCAAAUCCACCCAGGAGCAGAUCCUGCAGACUCUGAUCAAGAGGGUGCAGAGGCAGAACGUGCUGCCCGUCCUCCAGCCCUCGCAGCUGAACCUCCCGCACUCAGGUUUCCCGGUGGAGAGCAGCUCCACCAGGCAGAGAUUCAUGCUGGGCUUCACGGGCAGGAGGACGUGCAAGCCUGCCAUGUCCGGGCACUACCUGCUCAACAUCUCCACCUACGGCCGCGGCUCGGAGAGCUUGAGGAGAGGCUCGUCCCUGAGCGCCGAGCCCCGCCUGGGGCUGGGCAGCCCCGCCGAGGGCGCCGGGGCAGAGCUGGGCGAGGCCGCGGGCGGCCGGGGCAGCGGCAGCAGCAGCGAGGAGGACGCGGACGAUGAGAGCUCCGGGGACGAGCGGGAGCACGGCAGCAGCAAGGAGGAGCCGCGGGCGGGGCAGGGGGAGCAGGAGCGGGGCUCACACGGCCCCGCGGAGCCCAAGGCCGCCAAGGAGAAGGCGCCGGCCUUGGAUGGCACCGCGCUGGCCCGGGACCUGCUGCAGGCAGCGCAGGAGCAGAUGGCCCACGCCAUGAGGGGCAAGGGCCACGGUGGCACGGAGCUCUUUGGGCCCCCCACGCCAUGCCCAGAUCCAUCGCAGCCCCCGCUGCUCCCCGCCCCGCAGCCCCCGAAGCUGCCCGGGAGCUACAGCGGCACCAUCAACGUCUCCACCUCGCCCGACAUGGUGGGGCAGGGCUCGCUGGUGGGCGAGUGCAGCCAGCUGGGCAGCUCCAUGGGCAACGUCAUGUCCUUCUCGGUGACCGUGACCACCAUCCCCGCCGGGCAGGCCGUGAGCUCUGGCGGCCGCGGGCAGAGCCUGCCGGUGCAGGCGUUCGCCGAGGACGGCGCCAUGGAGGAUCCCCCUUCCAAAUGCUACUGCAGGUUGAAAGCCAUGAUCAUGUGCAAGGGCUGCGGCGCCUUCUGCCACGACGACUGCAUCGGCCCCUCCAAGCUCUGCGUCUCCUGCCUCGUGGUGCGGUAACGGGGAGCGGCACGGCCUCCUCGGGGGCUGCCGUCGGGAGAAUCUUGGGAAGAAACAGGAAUUUUACUGCCUUGCACAAGAGACACGUUACUGAAUCAGGAAUCCAGAGCUAGAGUCCUUCUUUCAUUAACGAAAGAGCACCUUCUUGUACAGGGAAUCGAAAUCGCGCUCGACUACGUGAAUUGUGACAAGAGUUUGCACUUAAGGAAUUCUGUAAAUAUGCCACAUUAUUUUGUUUAAAGAUAUUUUUUCAAUCUUUUAGGA